GGACUCGACAUCCCGCAAAUUACAAUGAAUUUACAAUCGCGGAUGUUUCGGGGGUCCCAAUUGGCCUUUUUAAGGCCAUUCGGGUCUCCGGCGUAUUUCGCUGGCCUGCCGAUCUCACGGUACUUCUCUACAUCCUCCCCGGCCCUUGACUGGCUGACGCCGAAAUAUCCUGAAAAAUCAAAGUCACCGAAGGGUCGUCCACAUGUCGCAACGGGCGGUUCCUCGCGGGGCACGACCGUUGUCUGGGGUGACUAUGGUUUGCGCAUGAAAGACCAUGACCGCCGAUUGUCGGCAGCAUCCCUCAAGAUCGCGGAAGAAACAAUUAGGAGACGAUUAAGGGGCAUGAGAUAUAAGCUGUACCCGCGCGUCAGUGCAAAUAUUGGCGUCUAUACCAAGGGUAAUGAACAGCGUAUGGGUAAAGGAAAGGGAAAAUUCGACUACUGGACCGCAAGGGUGCCCGUGAGCAGGAUCGUCUUCGAGCUUAAAGGUGACCUACACGAGAAAAUUGCGAGGGAGGCAUUUAGAUUGGCGGGUCAUAAGUUACCUGGCCUUUGGGAGUUUGUGAAAAAGGAUGAUCCUCCCGUUGUUGGCCUGACAAAACUUGGUAACGGUGUCACUUUGGAGAGCCUGAAGCGUGCACGCAGAAAUCCGCCUCUCGGUGCAGAGAAGCUUAAUCCGCUUCCAAAAACCGACUCGUCGGAUCUAUCUGCCUCUCAAUAA